UUUUUUUGUUCAUACUUCUCUCAAGUCUCAAUCUCUGUACUCUGUUUCUCAGUUCUCAGACUAACUUCUCAUCCUUUUACUGCUUGUUUGGUCUGUGGCCUUGUGCGUGCGAGCCUCACUCUGUUUGUUCAAGGAACAAUGUCAACAGAGGGAGUUCAACCCACUGCACAAGAUAAUGGCAAUAGUGCAAAUCCAGUUCUGUCUGCACCUACUGGAAAUGGGACUGCCACAAGCCCAACUCCGCAGGCAGCAACUACAAAUGAGCAGAAUGGCAAUGCUGGGAAUGGUAAUGUUGUCGAGGAAUUACUCGACGUUGGUAAGCUUAAGAGUGUUGUUUGGCAACACUAUACCAAAGUUCGAAUUAAUGGAAUUGUCAAGGCUAAAUGCAAUUAUUGUAAGAAGCAAUUAGGUGGGGAAUCAAAUAAUGGUACUACCCACCUAAAGAAUCACACCAAAAUAUGUGUUCAGAAGAAAAUUAGGGAUGGUAGUCAAAAGAUUCUCGGCCCUCACUAUUUGGCUAAAGGGAAUCAAGACUUGGUUGCUACUGCUUUCAACUCUGAUUUUUCAAAAAGGGAGCUUGCAAUUGCUAUUACAAUGCAUGAAUAUCCUUUAUCGAUGGUUGAUCAUCUCUAUUUCAAGAGAUUUGUCUGCUCUCUUCAACCAUUGUUCACGGUUCCAUCGAGGAAUACUAUAAAGAAAGAGGUCUUUAAGAUCUAUGAUAUUGAAAGAGCUAAGAUUCAAAGUCUGUUUGAUAUCAACAAAGGUAGAAUUGCAAUAACUACUGAUUUGUGGACUGCCACCAAUCAAAAGAAGGGGUACAUGGCUGUUACAGCUCAUUAUAUUGACAACUCGUGGGUGCUUAGGAGCCAUAUGCUUAGAUUUGCAUAUGUACCAGCACCUCAUACUGCUGAAAGGUUGGGGACAGUGUUGGUUAACUGUUUGCUCGACUGGAAUGUCGACAGUAAGAUGAUGCUGCUGCUGGAGCAGAAGUGUUGGAAGGAUGUUUCUCCCCUACAAGUGAAGCCAAUCUGGUCCAGCUCCAACCUGAUGCUGAAACUACUGAAGGUUUUGUUUGAGUUUUGUUGCCUUGGCUGCUGGGUGGAACCAAGGAAUGCAGAAAUCAGAAUGCUGCAUUGUUGCUGCUGCUGGAAAGUGGAGUAUGGAGGCCUGAAGUGAAGUCUUUAUCUUGCUGCUGUGUUGCUGCUGCUAUCGAAGCUGUUCUCGAGUAGUAGAGAUGUUCUGCUAGUUAUUUAAACUUUUGUUUUGCUGAUACAAUGGUCUUGGUCAUUUUGGAUUUGAUGGUAUUUUAGGAUUGGAUGUUUUCUGUUGAAUGUUUUGUUCUUUUGCUACUUCUCCAGUGCAUUCUGGUUUCUGGAUUUGAUG